AUGGAUUCAAAAGAAGUUUUAACAUUAGUAAAGAACUUGGAACAAAAUAAAACUAAUGACGCAACAGUAAUCGAGAUCCUAAAGCAAUUGGAGGUUGGUGUAGUUCCUACUGAAAAACUGUUAAGGGAGACCAAAGUUGGUGUUGAAGUCAAUAAAUUUAAACGUUCAGAGAAUGUGGAGAUCGCCAAGUUGGUUAAAAAAAUUAUAUCUUCCUGGAAGGAUGCAAUUAAUAAAAACAAACAAAGAGCUAGAAUGCUUGCUAAAGAGAAAUCAGCAGGUGAAAAUCAGAUUAGUACUAUUUCUACUACUUCCAACAAUGCCUCGACAAAUGCAUCUACAUCCUUAGUCAAUGAUACCACUUCAAGCACUACAAAUUCUACCAAUGAGAAUAAUUUGACAAAGGAUUCAGGGAAUCAUUCCAAUGUAGAUGAUGGUAACAGACCAACUGAAAAGGAUAAUAAAUAUCAUACUAAUAAGAUUCGUAAUAGUAAAAACGAUGGUGUUAUAACUAGCAUAUAUAAUGAUAAAUUAAGAGAUUCAGUGAUUAGGGCCUUAUACGAUGCUUUGGCUAAAGAGAGCGAUAAACAGCCAGGCCAUAUUUUAGCUAUAUGUAUUGAAAUUGAAAAGGAAAUGAAUAAAUAUAAUGGUAAUGACCUAACAAAUAAAAGAUAUAAAGAAAAAUAUAGAAUUAUUUAUUCAAACAUUAUUUCUAAAAAUAAUAAAGAUUUGAAAUUUAAGAUAGUUGAUGGUGACAUUAAACCUGAUUUCUUAGUGAAUUGUGACCCUAAAAAAUUGAUGCCAGAACAUCUACAAAAGGAGUUAAAAGCGAUUCACGAACGAAAUUUAUUUAAUGCACAAGGUGCUACAAUCGAAAGAUCUGUUACUGAUAGAUUCCAAUGUGGUAAAUGUAAAGAAAGAAAAGUGUCAUAUUACCAAUUACAGACGAGAUCUGCUGAUGAACCUUUAACUACAUUUUGUACGUGUGAGGCCUGUGGUAAUAGAUGGAAGUUUUCAUGA